AUGGCCACAGCUGGAGCGAUCACGAAGGCGGCAGCGCCAAAGAAGAACACUGUCGACUACAUACCCAGCAAGCUGGGCUACGACACAGCUAUCCCUGUUACCAUACUCGAAGAUCGCAGUGACUUCAUAGAAAAGUGCAAACCCUACGACAUCAUUGAUGGGCCAAACCCCCUUGAUGACUCAGAGGUGACGGUUGCAACGCUGCCCCGCACACCGACAGCCCUUGUGUCGGCAGCGUCAGAGGUUAUCCUGUCGGAACGCUUGAUUGAGCGCAGCAGCCGAAGAAGGUCUCACUCGGGGCUAAAGGCAGAGAAGCCUCACGCCACCAAGCAGGAGAGAGAGGACGAGGAAGGGCAAGACAGGGCUGCCUUCAUUUUCACUAGACCGUCUCGAGACAGAUGGGCAGAGGAGCGCCUUGCGGACCACCGACCGUACCAGCUGGUACGAUCGAGCGAUAUCGAGACGUAUGUGCAGUAUGUUCUGGAUGACGUUGACUAUGACUGGUGCGAGCGUCAGAAAGUCUCCCCGGAGAGUCUGCAGCGCGGCGUGACGUACCUUGAAUGGGCGUACACCUCCUCGCUUCUGAAGGCAGCAAGGCCACAUGUUACCUCCCCCAAAGACUCAGGUCCUGCCGCCAGUGACUCUGUCGUCACCCGACAUGGUGAGGCGGCCCACUUGUCGAGCACGCUGUCUUCGUCUCACGCUAGUGCCACUGUGGCAAGCAACGGAAGGUGUACCUAUUCCAGACGGCAGAAGGGCAAGGACAAGACUAGUGCUGGCGAUGUCCCUCUGUUCUUAUGCGCGCUGUGCUCCAUGCCAGUACAUGUGCUGAUGUCGCAGCCGUGGACCUCUGCAGAGGGAUGUGCUACAGGCGGGCCCAACUCUCUCCACGAAAGGCAAGGCGAAGCAACCCACUCGACUGGUGCGUUCUCGUCCCCACCGAUUGCACGAGGAGACAUACGGAUCGGGGGCCGUUAUACAGGAAGCGUGUCCGCUCUGCAACCGCCAUUGCCUGCGUUGCACAGCAACAGGGGGCUCAGUGAUGUCGGUGCAGGAGCACCGGUCCCCUCACAGGAUGUGCAGUAUAAAGGACUUCGCUGCUGCGACUGCGGUGUUGUCGCGCAUCUUCGCUGCUGGUUCUUUUCAGAACCACCGAAGCGACCAGAGGCGUGGAUAUGUGACGGCUGUACCGCUUACGCCCGGCACCACAGGCGCAGUGCUUGUGUGUGCUGCAUGUGCAGCCGCCCCGGUGGAGUGCUUCUGCCUUACGUCUCUUCUGCAGCGAAGGACAAUAGUGAUGGAGUUGAGCCUAAAUCUCCACACGUGUCUUCCCCCCACGCCCUCUCAUCGUCAGCGGCGGCGCUGUCAGACAUGGUCUGCCAUGCCGUGUGUGCUUUGAGCAUACCGGAGUUGUCUGUACACUUCCAUGACACCGUGCUGCGUCGCAACGGACUUAUCGAUAUGCAGAUGCGCCCGUACGUGUACGCGCUUCGCCGUGUUGGCAAGCCCAGGUACGCCAUGAAUUGUGUGUUUUGCCACCACGGAAGUGGUCGGUGUGUCCAGUGUUCGCACCCGCACUGCUUUGAGGCGAUGCACGCGUCCUGUGCGGCUGAAGCGCACACCAUUGAUUGGCAUAUUGAGUCCCCCUUCGUACCUACGAUUGCCAGUUUCAGUAGCACGAGCGCCGGACCACCAGCUGGUAACUCGACUUCGAAUGGCAUCACCCCGCCCGUUUCGCCGGGCAGCUCCCUGAUGAGCACCGCUAGCUGGACUAGCUGCUCGCCUUACUGUAGGAAGCACUACGGUUACGCCAUCGGCAACUCCGUCAGUUCUGCUGCGUUAGGGCGCAAGGCGGAGGCGGAGGCGUUGGCGCUGGACUUGACCGGGCUGCUUACUGGCGGCGAUGGGCUCACGUCACCGGUGGUGCGCAAGCGCGGUCGCGGACGGCCGCCAGUGGCAGUGGUAAAGCAACGGGAAGCAGAGCGCGACCUCAUUUCAAGGCUUCGCGCCUACUGGCUUGAACGCAGGGAGCAGCGGCGACAGUCGUCGGCCCAGCUCGCCAGCGAAAUUAAUGCACGCCUGCGGCCGAUUGUCGAGGCAUCGUUGCGGCCAGAAAUCGUCAAGGUUUCGGCAGAGAAGGUGCGGCUUUCUCACUUUCUGAGUCUCGUGCCAGAGUGGCAAUGGCAGCUCGUUGCCAUCGUCGAAGGCGAGCUUCCACUGCCGGACGAGGAGUACGACGACGUGCAGAAGUUCCGCAAAGUCACCCACACACGUCACUCUGGCAACACGCGGAGUUUGUACGACAAAAUGUGCGCAUCUGCAGUACAGCUUGACCUACUCUGCCAAGUUGCGGAGGCGAUGAAGGAGCAGUGCAGACUGCGGCGAACGAGCGUCGAGCUGGAGCUGGCGGCGCUUCGGAUUCUCAGCGGGUGGAAGUAG